AUGACCACUGAACCGACGAAAUCUGAACAGCGAGAUGCGGCGAAUGAACUGGCUCUGACGAAAUCGGUUCCAGACUCACUUCUUGUCGUCUUCAUCCACGGGUUCAAAGGGACCGACCAAACAUUUCGAGAAUUCCCCAAGAGACUGGAGCACAUCCUCUCGGAGACCAUAUCGAAUGUUAAGGUGGAAUGUUUGGUGUUCCCUGCGUACGAGGUGACGUGUACCGAUGACAAAGCGGUAGUCCGUUUCGCAGACUGGCUUACCACCUUGACCGUCGAGCGUGAGGUUGCUUCUGGUGGAGAAGCAGGUAAUGCCAAGAUCGUCUUGUGCGGGCACAGUAUGGGCGGCCUACUUGCUGCUGACACCCUUCGUGAGUUUGUCAACUCACGGCCAGAUGCUCAAGCUCCCUUAUGGCCGAAGAUCAUUGCGUGCAUUGCAUUUGACACACCCUACUACGGUUUACAUCCUUUCGUUGUCAAAAACAGCGCAACUAAAUACGCCGAUGCUGCAAAAUCGAUUGGAACACUUCUGGGAUCAUUCCCCGGGUUCAGCGCUAAAACGACAACACCCCCACCAAAUUUGGUUCAUAUUCUGUGUUCUCCUCUCUUCCAAGUACCCCCUGGUGCUUCUCGGGUCCUGGUGAUGUUGUCGACUCCUUUGUACUUAUCGAUUCAGCUUCAAAUUGUACCGAAAAGGCUCGAUUUGUUGAAUACACUCUACAGGAUGCGUUUGGAGUUGACAAGGACCAUCAGAGGGAUGCUAGACUGA